AUAUCCACAUCCUCACCAGAUUACUAUGGCCAACAGGAGUACCUUGCAGCUAGUCCUCCUUCUCUUCUUCGCUUAUGUCUCUUCUGAAAGCUAUGAAUCACUUCGCUUCUAUCAAAGAAGAACCAAUAAAAGUAGUAUAUAUCUCCUGAAAAAAAUGAUUGGAGAACUUCAUCCAGAAUGUCAAAAAGACAGAAUGGACUUCCAGAUCCCUAAGGAGAUUCUACAGCCUAAGCAAUACCAAAAGGAGAAUGCUACUAUGGUCAUCCAUGAGAUGCUCCAGCAAAUUUUCCUCCUAUUCAGCAGCAAAAAUGCUAGCCUUGGUGUGAAUAAUACCAUUAUUGAGACAUUCCUCAAUAUAAUCUUUCAACAAAUGGAGCAUUUAGAAAUGGCUUUGAAGGAAGAGAUGAACCAAGUCAAUAGCACAAGGUUGAAUGAAGAGAGCAUCCAGCAUCUAAACAAUUACUAUCAAAGAAUAAUGAACUAUUUGGAAAACAAAAAGUACAGCAGCUGUUCCUGGAAGAUAGUCCAGGUGGAAACUAGACUGAAUUUUAUCUUCCUUUACAAAUUAACAGAACGUCUUAAAAACUGA